CGCUCACGAUACAAUACAAAUAUUUAACCGAUCAUUUUAUUAUUUGUUUAGAAGUAAUUUGUGUUGAUAGUGAUCAAAAGACAACGUUGGACGCGAUGUUCUUUGCUGCGCUGACCUCGCUCAUAUGUUUAAGACUAGUUCAAGGUGGAAUUUUAGAUACUCAAGAAUCCCAUUAUCAAUAUCUAGUUAGUGGAUGUACCUAUCACACCUGUGGUGUAAAUGCGCAAUGCACUAGAAGCCAUGAGGGGUUACCUGUUUGUUCAUGCCUGCCAAAUCAUAAAGGAGAUCCUUUGAGGCAGUGUUUUCGAUACGAAUGCAUAGGAAGUGAAGAAUGCAGACAAGACCAAGCUUGUAUCGACAAUAGUUGUGUUAACCCUUGUGUCAAUGCCUGUGGUACAAAUGCCAAUUGCAAAACGGUGGGCCAUAAUCCGGUUUGCAGUUGUCCUACCGGUUACACGGGAGAUCCAUUUACACAUUGUAGAGUAUUUAAUCCUGAAGAAUUAUGUCAUCCAAGUCCUUGUGGAGUCAAUACAAAAUGCACUGUUAGAAAUAACGUGCCAACAUGUUCCUGUCUGCCAGGUUUCACAAAGGGUAGCCCUCUAACUGGAUGUCAUCAUGAGUGCGAAUCUGAUUCUGAAUGCAGUUCUUCGCAAAUUUGUGAAAAUUUCAAGUGUACAAGUGCCUGCUCAAAAUGUGGAGAAAAUGCCAUAUGCAGUAAUGUUGUGAAUCACAGAGCCGUGUGUAAUUGUCCAACGAACUACAUAGGAGAUCCACAUCAUAAAUGUCGCCCGGAAUGUUACACAAAUUCAGAAUGCCCUUAUAAUAAACCAGUGUGUGUUAUGGGAGGUGUUUGCCAUAAUCCCUGUGAAAAUGCAUGUGGGGCAUACGCCAAUUGCGAGUUAAGACAAACUACGCCAGUUUGCAGUUGUCCAAAACAUAUGACCGGGAAUCCUCUAAUUGCAUGCAGAGUAUUUGAAAAACGUGAUUUAUGCGAUCCUAAUCCUUGUGGUUUAAAUGCUGAGUGUAAACCAGGUUUCGACAACAUAGGUAAUGAGCGCCCGGUUUGUACUUGCCCUAAAGGAUAUUUUGGCAAUGCUCUUCAUAAGUGUACCAGAGGCGAAUGCUUUAGCGAUAGUGAAUGCCCCAACCAUUUAGCGUGUUCUCAAUAUAAAUGUGUCGAUCCAUGCAUUGGACACCCUUGCGGAAUACAAGCAAUAUGCGAGUCUCGUGAGCAUAAAGGAGUUUGUACUUGUCCUGAAGGAACCAAAGGCGAUGCAUUAGUUUCUUGCAGGCAAAGCAGACAAUAUUACGGAAGAAAUUACUUGGCUAGAUACUUUUACAAAUAA